ACUAUUAAACUCAGAUAUGGUUGUCCUCUUCAAUGCCUCCCAUUCCCUUCCGUUCUUCGCCAGCCUCAAAUUUUGAUCUUCCCGAAGAAACAGCUGAAAUGGGUGAGGUUGCGGCGGCGCAGUCAUGCCGCAACGCCCUGUUACCCGGCCAUUUCAAGGUAUACCCGCUUAAGCUAAGUGCAAAAUGGCAAUGCAACGUUGGAAAAAGGUUGAGGGUAAUGAAAGUAGAAGCUCAGAUGGUGAAUCCGUCUACUUACUCUUCCAGAAUUUCCACCGACAUCCCUUUAUAUGAAACUCCUGGGGCUUCGUUUGAUGUGUAUUUGGAAGAUAAGCCCAGGGUUUUUAAAGCCAUCUUUCCUGAUAAACGUAGGAGCCAGCAACUCAAUGAGGAAGAGUGGAGAGUUCACAUGCUACCAAUAGAAUUCCUAUUCCUGACUGUGUCCCCGGUGAUUGACAUGAGGUUAAGAUGUAAAUCUUGUGGGAAGGGGUACCCACCUGGAGUUCCUCAAGAUAUUUCAAAGGUUCUUGAGCUUGACAUUAUUAGAUGGGAGCUCCAGGGAUUGGAUGACAUGCUCAAGCCAUCUCAAUUUUCCCUUGGUGUAAAAGGGGCUCUGUACCCCGACAGACGCGGACCACGAAGCAGGCUGAAAGGUCAACUACAAAUGAGUAUAAGCUUCAUCCUCCCUCCUAUGCUUGCAUUGGUUCCUGAAGAUAUUCGUCGAGAUGUUGCAGAGUCGGUUCUCAAGAGAUUGGUGGAGAACAUGAAAGAUAAAGUUAACGGCAGCCUGAUUGCGGAUUAUAGCGAAUUCAAGAGGGAAAGACCAAAGGCAUUAGCAUGAGCUCAGGAUUUGAUCUGAUGGUCAAUUCAGAUAGUGAUAUACGUCUUCUUGAGGAACAUAUAAAGGCUGUUGAAAAGUGGAGGAAGUUUGAGGAACCCCCAAAAUUUGUCACAGAAUUCGUGUUUGUAAAUGAUUGAAGUUUUCUCCUGCUGUGCUUGCCUACGCCAUUCUUUUGCUAUGGCUUAUUGAACAAAGUCCAUCUGCCUCUGUGUUUCAA